AAAGGCUUCCCGACUACAUUGUUUCACUCACGUAUAAAAGGUGUUCGCAAUCAUUUUGAUUUUUAAUUUCACUACAAGAAGUUAUACCGGUUUUAGUAAAUAAUUGCAAAAUGACUCUGUGGAAAGUAUCGGUGUUGUGUGGCUUGGUCCUAUUAUGUUCUUGUUUCGUUAACGUACGUAUAAAACUAUAAAUACAAUUCCGAAUUUCGGAUUAUUAUUUGAUUUUUGGUAUAGGAAAAAAAAAUCAAUGUCCACGCUGCGUCUAUUAUGUCAAACUUUUUUCAAAUAUCGAAAACAUUUUAAGCUUACAAAAAAAAAAUAUUGUUACACUACUCUCAAAUUGUUUUUUUUUUUUUUAGUACAAUUAUCCUUACCUCUUAACACGUGUAUUAUAUUGCAGGGAAAAUAUAAUGCUACAGAUGUGGAAAACUUCGGGAAACUGUGCAACGCCACCCAAGGUAACAUAACUAUGUUGUUAACGUUAUAAAUUUAAAAUAUUUCUGUACAAUUGUGUUUCCGGACGCACUUUACUAAUCAAUCCUGUCAUGUAAUAAUAUUAGAGUUGAGAAGGUUAUUACCAAAGGUAUUAUUAAUUUAUUACUACAAGUUUAAACGGCGUCUAGUAUCACAUGCAGAUAUUAAAAGCGUUACAUCUUAAUCGAUAAUAACAAUAAGCAAAAACUUAAAUAAAUAAUAUUAAUGAAUAUUUUCCAAAAUUUAUCUACAUUCAGAGUUGCGUUUAAUGGGUGACAAUGAGAGGUUGAUAAGUUAAAAAAAAGGUAUUACAUAGUUAUAGUUAUAGUUCAUUUAUCCACACGAAUUAUAAUAAAAAUAAUACCUGUGCAGUGUGCAUAUAUAAUUAUGAUUAUUUAAUAAUAAAAAAACUUCAUAAAUGUAAAACAAUAUACACAUUUUAAUUUUAGAUUUAGGAUUAGGUUUUUUUUGAGCAAAACCGAAUCGUAGAAUGUUUUGGUUUUACAAAAUGGUGUUUUUUUUUUUUAUUUAUACUGCGUAUAAAAUUUACUCCGUUUAAUUAUUUAUUUUCUGAAAAUUCUGAAAGAAAUUUGUUAUCAAGAUGGUACUAAUAGAAGUCAUUUUUUUGAUUUUCUAAGUAAUUUUCAUAAUAAUUGGGAAAACCAGGAUAAAACAUAGGAAAAACGGGAGCAUUUUCAAAAUUAAUGAUUUUAUUAUUUUAAAUUUUGUAUUUUUAUUGCAAUUCAGUUUAAAAUAUUCAUGGAGACUUGAAUUUUGGACAGAAAACUUAUAUUUGUUUUUUCUGGAAGUUGUACAAUUAUUCAAAACAUUUGAGCCAUUUAUAGACAUUUUAAUUUUGAGAGUUUUAUGUAAUAUUUAUUCGGUAGGAACUCUGUGGAGAAAAAAUUGUUAGACCAAACAGAAAUGCUUGACAAUUUAACAAGAGGUUCAUUAUAAAUUGUACUUAGUGGUCAACAAGAAGUUGAGUUUAAUGUAGUAUUAUUGUUUAUAAAAACCUAAUUUUGACAAAAAUUGUAAANCAUUUCUAUCUUCAUCCUAUCCUUCCAACUUUUACCUACAACAGUGACCCACCCAUCUCGCGAAGUAUGUCCGCUUUAAUUUUUUUGCUAAGAAUAAAAAAAGCUUAAUAACCGUGCCAAGUGAAACGUGAGAAAUUUAAAAAUGUGUAAAUGGCAUGUGGAUAUGAAAAAGUUGAAAAAUAUUGGUCUAGGGAUUAUAUGAAUGUGGAUAUCCAAUAGAGUUAUUUCUUUAGGCCAUGAGAAGUCUGAUCCCAAUGGAUUCCUUCCUCAUAAAUGCAUCACUAAUAUGUAGGCUCCUUUUUUUUGGCAAAUUUAAUAAUUAUGAAUAUUUUUUGAUGAAUACUUAAUUGAAAUAAUAUUUUUUGUAUUUAGAGGAUAUUGCCGUAGCCCUAAAUUACAAUAUACCAUCAACAGAAACUGGAAAGGUAAUUACCCGUAUUUUAAUAAAAUGCUAUAUCAAUAUUUGUUUCAAACUUUUUAUCAUAUUAUAUCAUAUGAGGUUUUAAUUUUUAUCGCAACUCAUGUGUACAAAAGUAAUAUUUUAAUAUUUUUUUAAUUGUGCUUUUCUUAUAUGUUUUUAUUGAUUACUGCAAUUUUUGUUGAGAAAACUCAUCUUGUCAAAGUUCAGGGUUAUCCACUCUUAUAAAUAUUAUUUUAUUUUUGUUAAAAUAAUUAUUAGACAAAAAUUACAUACAAUUUUCGGUUAAAUAAACAUGUUUAAAAAAAAAAAAUAUAUCAUUUUUAGUAACCAGAACUACGAGUAAUUGAAAUUUUCAAUAGUUUUUGUUAGGUACCUAUAUUUAAACUUAGGAUAGAAUAUUCAGAAACCUCUAGAUACUCAUUUACUUAAGAUAGUGUGUCAUAUCAAAAUCAAGAUAAUUUUUGUUAUCCAUUUCGCCUUUUUCUAAUGUUAAGUUCAAAUUCGAUAACCCCGAAUACACAUUUAAGCAAUUACACAUGUCUACGAGCAAUGAGAGGGAAAACAGAUAUAAUGAAAGAGAUAAGAUAAAAAAAUGUAUUUUACCUUCGGACUAGUAGUACGCGCACGGCGAAUGAAAAAAUAGCUUCAAGUAAAUAUGGCGAGAUAAGAAAUAUUUCAUAACAACUUGAAUAGAUUAUGAUUGAAAAGUUGAAACAUUUUUUUUUUAAAAUACAUUUUACUAUUUUACAUUGUACUAUUCCAUAAAAAAAAAAAAAUCGUAAAUCUUUCAAAAACAAAAAUGAUAACAAUGUUAUAUUUACGAUUAUAUAAUGUAAUAUUAUAUUUUUUUUAUGUUAAAAGAAAAUCAUUUUGUAUGCACUGUGUAAAUAAUUAAUUUAACGUAUUAUUUUGUUUUUCAGUGUUUCAUGAAAUGCAUAGCCGGGCUAGUAGAUAUGGUAAUUUACUUAAAAACAAAUAAAAACUAACUACAACAAUACUUUAUCCGUACAAGAAUAUCAAGAAUGUUUUUGUUUUCUUUAGAUAAGCUCCGAGAAUAAAUUUGUCAAAUCUAAACUUCAAGCGGUGCUAACAACGUAUUUUUCCGAAACGCCAAUAGAUACAAUUUUAAAAAUCAUCGAAAUAUGUUACAACGAAAGUAAAGCAAUUACUUUUUUUUUUCUAUUUAUUUUAAUUGAUAAUUUUUUAUUAUUAUUUUUGAUUAACAAAUUACCAGAAAGAAAAUAUUGAUACUUGAUAAGUAUCUCAUCGAACAUUGACCACUAAUUUUUUUAUUACUUUCGAUAAAAUGUUCGUUCAAUUGCAUUUGCAUUGCCAUAAAUAUUGUACUAAUUCAAGAGCUAUGCACGUUUAUGUUGCAGUUAAAUCAGAGACUAUUUAGUGACCGAGUGACUUAUGCACCGUCUUCUUAUCACGUUAUUUUAUACAAUAUGCAAUAACUUAUCAUACCUAAUAGUUUAUACGUUUAUACCGUUUUUAAUAAUUAUCAAAAAUAUUUUAAAUUAUUUCGAAUUAUAUAAAUAGGUAAUUUGUUGGUUUGUUCCAAUAAUCGGAACUGAACAUUACAUUUAAAAUUAUACAUGUAUGUCAAUGUGUAGACGAUAUUAAAAAAGUAGAUGCAUUUAAAAUAUAAUAAAAUCGUAACAAGUUUUAAAACGUAGAAAUUAGGUACAUUAGAAAUGUCAACAAAUUUUUGAUACCAUGCAAUGUGACAUAUUUUUUAUGAGAACCGUUUUCGGAAAGAGUAGGGGGCAAUUAUUCAAAAAAUGAUAAGGACAAAUAAUGAUAAGAAUAAAUAAUAAUAGCGGUCCAAAAUUAUACAUCGAAAUCUGUACAAUUUUUUUUACAUAUCAUCUUGGAUGCUUAUCAUUUUUAGGAUAACUGCUUAUCACCCGAAUAUUUUACACCUACUGUUCGUUUAAAAAUUAAGAUUAAUAUAAUGUAUUCAAUCAUAAAAAAAAACAGAAAGCGAUCAUAUUUUAUCUUAAAUGAACAUUAAACAGCAACAAUGAAAAUUGUCUAUUUGAAAAUAAAAUAUAUUAGAGAAUAAGAAUAAUGGAAUAGAAUAAUUAUUACCCAAUUAGUAAAGUAUCUUCAUAGUACCCAAUGAAAAUAAGUAAUAUUAUUUAAUCAUAUUCAAAUACGUUCAUAUCUAGUUUUACACAAAAAAGAUAUCCAUAACAAUUUAUAACGCAUGUCGAUCAUGGAAAUGAUUGUAUUACUACUGAUUUUUUUGAUUAGUAAAUUACCAAUAAUUGUUUGCAGCUGCAAGUAUAACAUCACCUACUGAAUUGGCGUCUUGCGAUUAUUAUUACAAGUCGUUUUUGUGUUUCAAUAUCCAAUAUAAACUCGUAAGUGGUUGAUCACUCCGAAAUAAAAUAUGGCCGAUAAAAAAAAUUGUACAAUUUGUUUUUCAGAAUGGUAUGUUGCCUGUAGUUUGACCGGUUAUGGCCGUAUCCAUUUAUAGAUAACGAAAUCGAAGAUCAUUGAUUUUAAAUACUCAAUUGCUAUCAAGUCUUAAUUGCAUACAUUUUUUCGGUUUAAUAUUACGUUUGUUAUUUCAAAUAUUAAAUAGUUUUUUAAAUCAUCCAAAUUAAUACGAUUUUAUGAUAAUAUUAUGUUUUAUUCAUUUUUAUAUUGUUAAAUUAAAUACAGACUCGUGAAAAAAUACAGACAUCUUGUAUCUAUAUCUUGAUAUCUUGAUGUCUAUUACCCAAUGUUAAAUAAUUGCUGUAGUUCACUAGUUCCUAUUCCUAGUAGGAACACUUUGUUUUGAACAAUUUUCCUUCGAAAUUCACUCCUCUUCUCUCUAAUUAAAAAAAAGUGUUGAUUGAUUAUAAUUUACACUAUAAUUAAAUAUUAUCAGUGAUAAAUUAAAUUAUAUUUUAAUAAUCAUAAAUUGAUCAGUUUUUAAUCAUCAGGAGUUCAGUACCGCAUUUAAUAUAUUCAAAUUAUCGUAUAAAACAUAAUCACUUCUGGGGCAUAUUUUUCGAUUCUAUUUAGUCAGUAUUAUAAAAUUCGAUUUUUUAAUAUUACAUCAAGUAGCAAAUUUAUGUUCCCUGUAUUAUGAUUAUAAUAUUAUAUGAUUAACCAUGAGGCUCGACCUUUAUUGUACUUUUCUUAUAAUUUUAAUGUGAUUUGCCUGUUAUUCAUCAGUAAUAAUUGAAUUAACAGUUAGUUACUGUAUUAGUAUUAGUACUGUACAAAUAAUAAAUAUAUUUACGAAUUGAAUAAUAUCAAUUUUCCAGUUUUGAUCAUAUUAUGAUUGGCAGAGCUAUCUUGUGGUGAAAUUAGAGUUUAUAAUAUAAUCGUGUUAUGGCAAUGAAAAAUCUAGAUAGCGUUUGACUAUAAAAUAUUUGUAUUUUAAUUUGUUCAGAUAGAUUUAUGUAUGUUAUAUCUAAAUAAUGUAAUGGUAUAUUUUAAAUUCGGAGUGUAGCUCGGAAUGUAUUAGGUUUAGAAUGAUGUUUAUUUUGUUUUUAUUUUUCUUUACUGUAAACAACUGCACUAGUUUUUUGUACUCAAUCAUCAAAUGUUUUUUAAUAUUUUCAACAUCUAAUCGCUUUAAAACGGACAACUCGAAACGAUAACAAACGAUUCACUCGUAUAAAUAUAUUUUGUAUUUAAGUAUUAUUCGAUAAUAAUACAUUCAUAAUAAAUAUAAGUUUUACUUUUAAGGUUUGAAUUCAAUAUUACUGUAUGACAGAUUUUGUAUUCAACUAUAAUAUUGUUUUAUAGGAUACAUUUUGUUAAACGAAUACACAUAUACAAUUUUUAUUAAAAACUAUUUAGAUGCUCAAUAAAUCCUUAUUAAGUAAUUCUUAAAAAAAUUAGCAAAAUAUGCAAAGAAAAACACCAAAUAUGAGCUUACUAGGUUAUGGAAUGGAUUUUGAGCUCGCCUAUAACAAAUAGAAGACAUAGACGAAAAUAUGUAAUUUCUAAUAAUAUGUCUAAUAUAAAUACACAUAAUUACCUGGAAUAUAUUUAAAUUUGAGUUUUAAAUUUGUAUUUAAUGAUUUUGUAAAGAGAAAUCAAUAUGAUUAACAAUAAUAAAAACAUUAUAUUUUUAAAAACUCAAAAAAAUCUUAAAUUUCGUAGAAAUAAUCCGUUAAUUAUUAGUUAAAUAUUAGUUACAUUGUUUUAAUUAAGUAAAUAUAAAAUUUACAGUUAAAUUAGAAGUAAGUUUUAACUUUUAUCUGCAUAAAAACGGUUAACUUUUAAUGCUGAAACGUUCGAACUGGGCACUUAGUAUUUUCCGUAUGUUGUUGACAUUAAAAAUUAAGUGAUUAACAGCAUCAUGAUUGUUGGAUGACUAGAAUGUACAGUCAAUUUAAUAUU